AUGACAACUACUAUCGAGUCUUCGCGGCUUUGGUAUGAACAGUCGAUCUAUAAUGCCGUCUCCAUGGGCACUAUGGCUUGGGUGUUGCACGCCAUCGUUUUCUUUCGAUGUGCGUAUUCCAUAGACUGCAACAAAGAGGGAGGUGCUCGCAAAUGGCUGCCUUUGGUCUCUACAAUUUUCGCCGCAGCCACAAUUAGCAUCUUCUGCAGUUUCAAGUUCAAUGAGCUUGGUUGGAUCCAACAUCGCGACUAUCCCGGGGGGGCAUUGGCUUUCUUUGCUGAACAACAGGCUAUGCCAAUCAAUCUCACGGCUAGCGCGGGUUCCAUCAUUGCUCUCUUCCUUUCCAGUUCAUUUCUGAUUUACCGCAAUCAUGUUCUUUGGAACGAUCGUUUCUACACCAUUCUCCUGGCUGUUCAGCUCUUCUUAUAUUGCAUAAUUUCCGUGCUCAUCGCUGUUGAUCUUGUGCGCAAUUCGAGACCCUGGGAUGGAAUUACACUCCGUUUUGCGGUGCCGUGUGGUCCUCUCGCCAAUUUCGCUAUGGAUUUCUUGUUCAACUCUGUGCUGUGUCGCGUUCAAUGGCUACGCACGCAGCCGGAGAGGAGCGUUCCUACUACCCCGGGAAGGCUGUGGAUCGAGCACUUGAAGCAAUGCCCUGUGGUGAUCGAAAGCGUGGUCCCGCUCGCCCUUUUAUCGUUCAUUAUGUUUGGGGUGAGAUACUUAGCCGACGCCGGCGCAAAUCACUUCCUAGCGAUGCCGCUCUACGUGCAGAUGGCGUGUGUGUUCCCCGAGCUUAUCAUUACGCGCAUGGUUCGCGAGGAUGAUUUACACAUGACCCUCAUGUCAGAACUAACUUCCAAGGGGACAUCGGCGGUGACUCAGCUGGUUCUGCCGGCGUAG